UCGCCAGCACCCCCUUCCCUUUAAAUGUUUCAGCCCGCAUGAGGAGCAGGCAGAGCCGGGCCAGUGUUUGACCCGGGACACGAUGGACAUGACCGCGAUGAGAGCCGCAACACUUCUGCUGCUGCCGCUGCUGCUCUGCGCCUCCGCCGUGGAAGCUGCUGUCAAAGAGUAUUAUAUAGCAGCGUUAGAAAUCGGAUGGGACUAUGUCUACCUGGACAAUGUUGACCAAGCGUCCGACCAAAGAUCCAAAGAUAUUCCUCAAAAAUACGUGAAGGCAGUUUACAGGCAGUACACAGAUUCCACAUACACUGUCCCCAAGACAAGACCAGCAUGGACAGGUAUUCAAGGCCCGGUGAUCGUUACACGUGGUGGUGACAGGGUGGUGAUCCACUUCAAAAACCUGGCCUCUCAGUCCUACAGCAUCAGCCCAGUGGGGAUCACCUACUGGAAACAGUCUGAAGGAGCCGGAUAUGAUGACUCCACAGCAGGUCAGGAGAAGGACGAUGACGCCGUCUCUCCUGGAGGAUACUAUAAGUACGUGUGGGACAUCAGCAAUAAAGACGUUCCCACCACCAGUGACCCCGAGUGCCUCACCUACUCCUACUCAUCCCAGGUGGACACGGUCCGAGAUGUAAACUCAGGACUCAUCGGUGCCUUGCUCAUCUGCAAAACAAGUGCCCUCACAGAUGAUGGCCAAAGGAUAAACCCGGCGUUUGUCCUGAUGUUUGCCGUGUUUGAUGAGACCAAGAGCUGGUAUGGAGAGGUAGGAGAGCGGAAGAGCAGAGAGAAGUUCAAGAGGAGCAUGGUCAGAAAGGAAUACCACACCAUCAAUGGAUAUGUCAACUCUACGUUACCUGGUUUGACGAUGUGUCAGGACCGUAAUCACGUGUUCUGGCACAUGAUUGGGAUGGGCACAGCUCCAGAAAUCCACUCCAUUCAGUUUCAGGAUCACACUCUACAGGUGUUGACCCAACGUAAAGUCACCAUGGAGGUGACCCCUAUGACAUUCAUCACUGCAGAAAUGAAACCUGCUACUAUAGGCCGCUUCCUUAUGAGCUGUCAGAUACAUGCUCACCACAACGAUGGUAUGAAUGCUUUCUUCACGGUGGAGGACUGCCCUGCCCCUGUCACUCUGCCGGGACCCGACCUGCGUAACGUCAAACACAUUGAGGGCACUGAUGACUACAGUGACACAGAUUUGUUCAACACCAUACAGUUUCAGCCUAAGAAACCACAAGUGCACGCAAGAGCCAGCGGGGGACAGCUGUCUAUGACCUGGCAGCAUUACAUCGCCGUUGAAGAGGUCGUCUGGGACUACGCCCCUCAUCUCAAACCCACAGAUAGUGAGUUGCAGUCUGGAUACUUGCCUGCCGCUCCCCAUCACCUGGGCUACAAGUAUAAAAAGGCGGUGUUUGUGGAAUACACAGAUGGAUCUUUCACUCAGAGGAAGAACAUUGGCAAGACGAUGCUGGGUCCUCUUCUGAAAGGAAAAAUCAACGAUCAAAUCCAUAUCACUCUCAGAAACCUGGCCAGUUGGCCUUUCAACAUCUACCCCAAUGGGCUUACCAGGAUCUUUCCUCUGCCAAGAUACGCAAAUGCUGCAGAGAAGGACUUGCGCUCCAUGGGGGUGCCCCCCAACGGGACGUUUGGCUAUGUUUGGAAGCUAACAACAGAUGACGGACCCUUAGCGGGAGACCCCCAGUGUCUCACUCAGCUGUAUCAGAGCACCGUCUCCCCAGAGAGGGACUUGGCCUCUGGGCUGGUGGGCACCCUGCUCAUCUGCAAGUCCGACGCCAUUGACACCAGAGGACGUCUGUUGGGCUCAGAUAAAGACUGGAGCCUGAUGUUUGCUGUGUUUGAUGAGAACAGAAGUUGGUACAUCAAUGAAAACAUGCAGAAGUCCAGCUUAAACUCCUAUAACAGCACGGACCCUGAAUUCUACAACUCUAAUGUCAUUUACAAUAUAAAUGGCGUUAUGUUUGCCGGGCGUCAGUUUGUGGUGUCUCAAACCGACGUCGCCUUCUGGCAUGUGGCCAAUGUGGGCAGCCAGAGUGACUUCCUCUCCAUUUACUUCACGGGAAACCUCUUUCAGUACAAAGGCCUCUACCAGUCCGUGCUCACCCUCUUCCCCAUGACUGGUAUGACCGUUCCCAUGGAAACUGAGCUGAUGGGUGAGUGGGAGAUCAGCGCCUACGAUGGCAGCCUCAAGAGCCGAGGCAUGAGCAUCCGUUACUCCGUUCGUCACAGCGUCGAUGGAGACCGAGUUGAUCGUGAUGAGAUUGAAGAAGAUAUCUUUGACUAUAUCGAUCCGAUAGAUCUACAGCCGAGGGGCAGAAGAACUGAAAAUCGUACAGUGUUGGUUCGAGUGUGUAAGAAACCCCUCGCUAAUAACAACACUCAAUGGGAAAACACUUCCAGUCAAAAUGUCACUAAUAAUACAACUGAAUGUCAUCUGAAGAAAGUGAUAGUAUCAUCACUGGGAGGAGAAAACCCCGGCAGGGUGUCAGAGGGAGGAAUCCCACAGGACAUCUUGGAGGAAAUAGAGAGAGAUGGGGAGUGGACAGUUUCUCAGAAUGGGACUGAAGCUGGAGGAGGUGGCAGGCAGAGAAGACAGGCAGAGGGCAACUCGACAGAUGUAGAUAACAUUUCUGGAGCCUCGGAAGAGAGAGGAACAACGAUAGAGAUCAGAGAAGAGGCUGCGGAAAAUAGGACUGAGGCUGUUGGCGAGGUAAAAGAUGAGGAACGGAGUGAAAGAUCAAGUGUGACUAAUGCGACGAAGGGAGAGCUUGAAGAGAGCAACGAGAUCUUACUGAACAGCAAUCCACAGCUGAGCGAGAAGAUCUCAACUGUAACUGAGCUAAGCCAUUCAAAAGAGAUUCAUCAAAACUUAAUAGGACAGAACAACAUUCAGUCUGAACCCGAGCGACUUACAGCAGAUGUGCUGGAUCUGAAUUACAACUACACUGCUUAUAACAGCAACCGGAUCAAUCUGGACCUCCAGUAUGAAGACUACAACCAAGAGAUGAACGGCACGUCAGAUAUGUUUGCCGCAGACUACAUGGACCUGCGCUCCGGAGAAUCCAGAUAUCGCCACUACUACAUUGCUGCAGAGGAGAUCACUUGGAACUACGGCAUCCGAAAACCACUUCAGGCCAUCGAACCCAGAGAGAUGCGUCGAGGGAUGAGGAAGUUCCUGCCAGAGUAUAAGAAGGUGGUGUUUCGAGCCUACAGCGAUAAAGACUUUAGAGUUCCUGUAGGCAGAGGAGAGUCCCAGGAACACCUGGGAAUCAUGGGACCUUUCAUCAGAGCUGAGAUUAAUGAUCUCCUCACUGUGGUCUUUAAGAACAAGGCAUCCAGGCCUUACUCCUUUCACCUUCAGGGAGUCUAUGACCGCAGCCAGGGGGCCGGCCUCGGCCAAACCCAUGCCUCCUCUGCCCCACCCGGGGUCCCAGGAGAGCCUGUGGCUCCUGGGGAGGCAAAGACCUAUAACUGGAGAAUAACCAGGAAACAAGGACCAACCAACACUGAAUUUGACUGCAAGACUGGAGCUUACUACUCCACCGUGGACAAGGAGAAGGACCUAAAUUCGGGUCUGAUUGGCCCACUGGUGAUCUGUAAGUCCGGUACCCUCCGGAAUAGUCAGAACACACGGCGAGGCGUCAAAGAGUUCGCCCUUCUCUUCCACACCUUUGAUGAAACUAAAAGCUGGUACCUGGAGGAGAGCCUGCAGCGGUACUGUGCUCCACCCUGUCAGGCCAAUACUGAGGACCCCUGGUACCACAUCAACAAUAAGUUUGCAGCAAUAAAUGGUUAUGUGGCGGAGACACUUCCUGGCCUGUUGAUCGCCCAGCGCGAGCUCGUCAGAUGGCACCUGCUGAAUGUAGGAAGUGACAGAGAGUACCACGCUGUGCACUUCCAUGGCUUGCCUUUCACCGUUCACACUAAAAAUGAACACCGUAUGGGGGUCUACAACCUCUUCCCUGGAGUGUUUGGCACGGUGGAGAUGAGACCCCCCAGAGUUGGCACAUGGCUGGUGGAGUGUACCGUAGGAGACUACCAGCUAGCCGGCAUGAGGGCUAAACUACUGGUCUAUGAUCCAAAAUGUAUCUUGCCUCUGGGGAUGAAAUCAAGAAGGAUCGAGGAUUCACAGAUCACAGCAUCAGAUCACAUUGGUAACUGGGAGCCCAGGCUGGCGAGGCUGGAGCAGUCUGGUUAUAUCAAUGCCUGGAUAGGCAAAAACAAAAUGUCAUGGAUACAGGUUGACCUUCAGACACCCACCCUGCUGCACGGGGUGCAGACGCAGGGAGUCAGCUUGAGGCUGAGGGACAACUACAUCACAUUCUUCAAAAUCUCCUACAGCCUGGACGGAGAGACUUGGACUGCUUACAGAGGAAACACAACCAAGCAGAACGGAGUAUUUUAUGGCAACAUGAAAAGCUCCAAGGUGAAAAACAACCAAUUCUCUCCACCAUUUGUGGCUCGCUACGUCAGGAUUCAGCCUGAAAACUUUGUGCUAGCGCCGGCUCUUCGUCUGGAGCUGCUGGGCUGCGAUCUCAACAGUUGCUCUCUCCCUCUCGGGCUCCAGAAGAGGCUGAUUAAUGACACAAGUUUUAGUGCGUCCUCAUUUUAUUCAUCUCUGCUGCGUAGUUGGACCCCCGAACUCGCCCGCCUCCACCAGGAAGGCAGCGCCAACGCCUGGAGGCCAAAGAACAACAACCCCCACGAGUGGCUGCAGGUUGACUUUGCGAAAGUAAGACGCAUCACGGGGGUGGUAAUGCAAGGAGCACGAUCAGUGUGGACCCAAAUGAUUGUGACAGAGUUCUCAGUCACCGUCAGUCUUGACAGAAUCUCCUGGAGCAGCGUGUUGGAGGAGAACUCCCAAAGAGAAAAGAUCUUCACAGGAAACAACGAUUCUGACGAUGAAGCUCUCACUGUUUUUGAUCCUCCUCUGUUCGGCCGCUACCUCCGCAUCCACCCACGGGGAUGGAUCAAUGACAUCGCCCUGCGUCUGGAGGUCCUGGGCUGUGACACGCAGCAAGGGCUCUGACACUGCCCGGCAAACUCAGACACCAUACAGUAACAUUUUAGUCGCAAAAUAUAUCCUGGUGCUGAAUCUUUUUAUUUUGUUAUGCAUAGCACUUCUUAAGUUAUAUAUUUCUGUUGUGUAAGAAAAACAAUUUCUUCUGUGGCCACAACUUUGUUUAAAUUUCAAACUUUUUCACAACAUCGUAUUUGGUCAUUUAAUUCAGAAAGAAAUGCUGUUGAUGUCAUAUUAAAUAGGAUAUCUAGUAUUUAAUUAAACAGAGCCACCGCUGAGCUACAACUACAGAGCAAACCUUUUGAAUGUAAGCGUGUGUAAAUAUUUCAGAUGGGUGUAUAAAGUUUGAACGUAUCUUGUUGGAAAAGUUUGUAUUAAUGUAUUUUUCUGCUUUUUUAGAGUUUAUAUAAACAAUGAAUCUCAAA